AGGAUCUGCUCUUUGUCUAAACUCCAAGAUCGACAUGCAUGGGAUGCUAUGGCCGACGCAUCCAGCGUAUAUAGCGUGCGAGCAAGGAAACUGGAAUGCGCUUCGUAAGUUACUCGAAUUCAAGCGCGUGAGCCUGCGGGAUACAUCAGGACUUGGCGAUACGCUCCUACAUAUUGCUGCGCGGUGUAAUCAUGUCGAAGUCUUGGAAGGACUUCUGGCUGAAGGUAGCGCAGUGGACGCAGAAAACGAUUUUGGCGAGUAAGAAACAGUCACAAUACUUGACAUCGAUGACUUCAUCUUACACUACAACAGAACCCCCUUACAAAUGGCCGUGAGAGAAGACUGCGGGUACACUAUCAUAAGUACCCUACUAGAGCAUGGCGCUUAUCUUGCACAUCAAGACAGUACGGGGCGGACUGCACUGCAUACCUUCUUCAACGCCACUGUCAGGUCAGUCAUCGAGUACCACUACGCCGACGCCGACAUUGUCGCCAAAGACUUUCGUGGGAUGACUAUGGCGCAUUACGUCUCUUCAAGCAAGAGUGCCUCAUGUGCAGACCUCGAUCGUUGCCUCGCUAAUGGCUCGCAUCUCAAUAAUUUUGAUGAUGAAGGCCGUACAAUCCUUCAUCUCGCGAGUAGAAGAGGCAACAUCGGUAUCAUGUCUCGAUUACUGCAAGAAGGCGGUUCGGACCUGUUAGGCGCCGAUUACAAAGGGAGGACUGCGCUACACUUCGCAACCGAGAGUGGCCGCAGUUCACGGGCAAUACAUAUGCUCGUGGGCGCUGGACUUGAUGUCAACGCGGUCGAUCAUCGGUCAAGAACUGCACUGCACUAUGCUGUCUGUGCAGACAACGUCGCGGCUGUGGAGACGUUGCUAAGCCUAGGAGUGACGGCGAAUUUGAAUGCAAAGGAUAUUCAUGGCUGGACAGCAAUGGAUCUAGCCAAAAGGUGCCAACAUACUACGGUCAUCAAUGCCAUGAUCUCCCGAGGGAUACCUUCGUCUACCACGGAAUGCGAAGCGCGGCUGACUACAGAUCACGACGAGAUGGAUAGGCCAGGAUCGAGGGUUGUGAUAAAAAAACACUGGGUGGUGUGCCGUUAUCACCAGAGCAUAAUUUUCGUCUGCUCUUUCAUGCUGCUGUAUUAUCUUGUACUGGUACGGGGGUGUCUUUUCUUGAAUCACCGAUAACUCAUCGCAACUCAUAGGCUCUUGAACAACAGUCCAAAAGCCCUAUCUACUUCGUUCGUCAGUAGCGACAAGAAUUGACAAUUAGUAAAUCUCGCGACAACAUUGUUCAUGGCAAAUCUACCACAUUUCUCGACACCCCAAUAGUUCAUUGUUGUAAUACCUCGUCAAUAUAUAGUCUGCAAAUUCACCAGUCUCUG